AUGUCUCGGAGGCAGAGGGAACACACGUCAGAGCCUCCCAGCGAGAACGAGCGAGACGCCCGGAACGAAAUGCUAAGGAAGAUUGCCGCGAACACGCCGAACAGCGAGGGUAAGCUGGAGGAGGGCGAAAACGAAGCAGAUAGUGUUCCGCAGGAUGUCACGGACAGAUUGCGCAACGAUAGUGCAAUCGAGAACAACACAAUCCAAGUGCUGGAGCCGAUCAAGGGCAAGUCUCAAGAGAGCGAGGCAGAAGAAGGCGAGAUCCUUGAAGAGGAAAAUAUUGGGAAUCUUCCCCGAUUGCAGACCAUGCAGCAGGAAGAGUAA